CGCCGCCUCCAGGACGCCAAGCCCCGCCCCCUUCCCGGUGAGCAGCCAAUCGCUUUCGCGCUUCGUAUGCUGCCCCGCCUGCUCUGGGCCCCGCCUUGGCGGCGCCUCCCGCUGCGUCUGCGCUGGCUCCGCCCCCCUCCAGGCCCCGCCCUCUGUCCGGCCCCGCCCCCUCAUGUCGUUAUGGAAACGGACCCGGGAGGGCCGAAGCCACGCCCCAGGAAGCGGCCCGCGACCACUUUGGCCACGCCCCCUGCGUGCACGCUGUGUUUGGAGCCCUGCGAGGGCUCCACUCUCCGCUGUCCCCACCCUCCCUGCCCCGCCCGCUACCACGCCCGCUGUCUUGCCCCACACUUCCUGGGGGCAGAGCCAAAGGAGCUGCUUCCACUGGGUGGGAACUGCCCCAGCUGCCAGCAGGAGGUGCUGUGGGGAGAGCUGAUUGGCUGCGGGGAUGGCGACGAUGAAUGGGUGGAGCUAGGAGACCCUACCUUGGGCCAUUGGACCGAUGAGCUGCUGCAGGGCCAGCAGGCAGAACCUGAGUGAAGCCACCUCCCCCUCAACUGCUUUCUAACUUAAUUUAUUCCCAAUAAAGCAAUGGGUGGAACUGC